CUCAGUCUCUCAAACACUGUGUCUCAGUGAAGGGGAUUCUCCGUAACCAGCUGUAGCUUAACGUGAUUUGUCACCACAGUCACUCUCUAUUCCCCGUGAGGAAACGGUCCUUUUUCUUCUAAUUAUUACCGCUUCAACAUUUAAUUUCUCCGCUGGCAUGUUGAAGCUGUCAAUCAAACCUGUGGAAGGUGCUCUCAAGCGGCACUGAGAGACAGAGAGAGUAGAAUAAGUUUUAGUCCAGCUCAAAAGGAACCUUUUUUUUCAGAUCUCGGAUUCAUUCACCUUUUGAUUGAGACUAUAUACUAUGGUAAAUUAAACUAUGAAGACAGUGGUGUUACGGCAAAGGAUUUUUCUUAGCCAAACUCAAGAUCCAGGAUUUUAUAUUUAUCUCAAUUGAAAUGCACAGGAUCACCAGGUUCAUUGAAGGAUCUGUGUGGACUUUUUUUGCUCUAGACAUACCUGCAGUAUAUGUGAAGUUGGGGGACCAGAGUGUGCUAGGUGAUGGUUCAACAGGCUAACGAAGCUAGAUGCUAAAUCUUUCUGUUCAGGCAUCCAGUCAGCUAACAAUCCAGCAGAUAACAAUCAAGCGAUGACCACGGUAUCCAUGGAGCCCCUGCUGGUCCUGAUGGAGCUGAUCCCCAACGCCACCGACCCGCCUUUAGACUCCACCCCUUCCUCUCCCGAAGACACCGCCGCCACCUUCACAAUAGGCUGUAUUCUCUCCCUCAUGUGUCUGGUCGGCGUCUCCGGAAACAUCUACACCCUCGUGGUCAUGUGUCAAUCCAUGCGUUUCGCGGCGUCCAUGUAUAUUUACAUCAUCAACUUAGCCCUGGCUGACCUCCUCUAUCUGUUGACCAUUCCGUUCGUGGUCUGCACGUACUUCCUGAAAGGUUGGUAUUUUGGCGAUGCUGGGUGCAGGAUUCUAAUCAGCAUGGAUUUUCUAACGAUGCACGCCAGCAUUUUCACGCUGACCAUCAUGAGCACGGAGAGAUACUUUGCCGUGCUGAAACCGCUGGACACAGUCAAGCGGUCCAAGAGCUACCGCAAAGCCAUUGCGGUGCUUGUAUGGGUGGCUUCCCUGGUCCUGACUUUACCCAUGAUUCUCAGUAUUCAGAUGAUGAAGGUGGGGAGCAAGGCCAUGUGCCAGCCGACUAUCUCACCGCUGUCCUAUAAGGUGUACAUCACCUUCCUGUUCUGUACCAGCAUUGUGGCUCCGGGGAUGAUCAUUGGCUUUCUCUACAUCGGGCUGGCUCGUACCUACUGGAUCUCACAGACAGAAACCUUCAAACAGACCAAGAAACUACCCAACCAAAAGGUCCUCUAUCUGAUCUUCACCAUUGUACUGCUGUUCUGGGCCUGUUUCCUGCCCUUCUGGAUCUGGCAGCUCCUCGGUCAGUUCCAGCCCUCCAUCCAUCUCUCCACCAAGUCCAAGCGCAACAUCAACUACUUGACCACCUGUCUCACCUACUCCAACAGCUGCAUCAACCCUUUCCUCUACACGCUGCUCACCAAGAACUACAAGGAGUACCUGCGGAAGCGCCAGCGCACCUGGACCGCGGGUAGCUACUUCAACCGAUGGAACCGGUUCCAGCGAUCACCCAGGAGGUCGCUGUCCUCCAGCAGCCAGCAGUGCACGGAGAGCUUCGUGCUCACGCACACGCCGUCUCUGCGCACCACGCACAACAGCAGCCUGUGAGGUAUAGGAGAAGAUGUUUCUGGUCUUGGUCUUAUCGUGACAUUAUCUCCACAUGUCUGCUACCCAUUUACGGUGACGUACAGAUGAUCGGAUCUUAACUUAAUCACAGAGAAUUUUGCUGAUGCACCAGGAAAUUCAAAUUAGCCUCGUGAUUGGCUGAAAAUGAGCAGUUCUCUUUCUCUCCACGCGGGGCAGUUGAGUCAUUGGGAUCAGGGCUUGCUAUCAAAAUUACGUUAUCUCUCACUCGCUCAAACUCUAGGCUUAGGUCUCAUUGCUUCAAUAUUAAAAUGUAAAAAAGGUAUCUGAAAUGCAGCCAUACACAUCAACAACUGUUGUUUUAUACAGCUUUAUAACACAAGAUAGAUAUUGCUCUCCAUUAGGCUACGACAUACACGUGUCUAGUGUAUCCGAAAGAUACAAAUGAACUCAGCCGUGGCCUGGUCUAGAGGUUAAGGUUGCUGCCUUCAGUAUACAGGUUUUCCAUGUCGAUUCUGGCCCAUUCCCUUCUGGUAGAAAUAACUCGAACCCCCAAAUACCUUGAUGUAGUGACAUAUUUCGAAUAUGGACAGUCCAGGGUUAUUUUCAACAACAACACAAUUGUCAUGUGCGGCGAAUACAAAAGGUUUAGACAUUACCGUGAAAUGAUUACCUGUGAGCCCUUUCCGAAUUAUGCAGAGUUAAAAAGUAAGAAUAAAUGUGUUUUGCAAAUGAGCUCUAAAAAUAUAUAUAUAAUAUCACCUAUAAAAUAACAAUAAUGAGUACCGGUACCGAGUCAAUGUGCAGAGGAAUGAGGUAGUUGAGGUAAUAUGUACAUGUAGGUAGGGGGAAAAGUGACUGGGCAAUCAGGAUAGAUAAUAAACAGAAUAGCAGCAGCGUCUUUGAAGAGUGUGAAAGAGUGUCUAUGAGUAAAUGUGGGUGGCAUCAAUAUUCAUGUGUGUGAGCCAACAGUUGAAGUCGGAAGUUUACACCUGAGCCAAAUAAAUAAACACUCAGUUUUUCACAAUUCCUGACAUUUAAUCCUAGUAAAAAUUCCCUGUCUUAGGUCAGUUAGGAUCAACACUUUAUUUAAGAAUGUGAAAUAAUAAUAAUAACAGAGAGAAUGAUUUAUUUCAACUUUUAUAUCUUUCAUCACAUUCUCAGUGGAUCAGAAGUUUACAUACACUCAAUUCAUAUUUGGUAGCAUUGCCUUUAAAUUGUUUAACUUGGGUCAAACGUUUUGGGUAGCCUUCCACAAGCUUCCCACAAUAAAUUGGGUGAAUUUUGGCCCAUUCCUCCUGACAGAGCUGGUGUAACUGAGUCAGGAUUGUAGGCCUCCUUGCUUGCACACUCUUUUUCUUUUUUCAGUUCUACAUUUGCUAUAGGAUUGAGGUCAGGGCUUGUGAUGGCCACUCCAAUACCUUGACUUUGUUGUCCUUAAGCCAUUUUGACACAACUUUGGAAGUAUGCUUGGGGUCAUUGUCCAUUUUGAAGACCCAUUUGCGACCAAGCUUUAACUUCCUGACUGAUGUCUUGAGAUGUUGCUUCAAUAUAUCAACAUCAUUUUCCUGCCUCGUGAUUCCAUCUAUUAUGUGAAGUGCACCAGUCCCUUAUGCAGCUAAGCACCCCCACAACAUUAUGCUGCCACCCCCGUGCUUCACAGUUGGGAUGGUGUUCUUCGGCUUGCAAGCCUCCCCUUUUUCCUCCAAACAUAACGAUGGCUAUUAUGGCCAAAGAGUUAUAUUUUUGUUUCAUCAGACUAGAGGACAUUUCUCCAAAAUGUACGAUCUUUGUCCCCAUGUGCAGUUGCAAACCGUAGUCUGGCUUUUUUUAUGGUGGUUUUGGAGCAGUGGCUUCUUCCUUGCUGAGCGGCCUGUCUGGUUAUGUCAAUAUAGGACUCAUUUUACUGUGGAAAAAAUAUGCUUUUGUACCUGUUUCCUCCAGCAUCUUCACAAGGUUCUUUGCUGCUGUUCUGGGUUGAUUUACACUUUUUGCACCAAGUACGUUCAUCUCUAGGAGACAGAACGCGUCUCCUUCCUGAGCGGUAUGACGGUUGCGUGGUCCCAUGGUGUUUAUACUUGCGUACUAUUGUUUGUCCAGAUGAACGUGAUACCUUCAGGCGUUUGGAAAUUGCUCCCAAGGAUGAACCAGACUCGUGGAGUUCUACACAUUUUUUUCUGAGGUCUUGGCUGAUUUCUUGGCUGAUCAUUUUCCCAUGAUGUCAAGCAAAAGGGCACUGAGUUUAAAGGUAGGCCUUGAAAUACAUCCACAGGUGCACGUCCAAUUGACUAAAAUUAUGUAAUUUAGCCUAUCAGAAGCUUCUAGAGCCAUGAGCCAUUUUCUGGAAUUUUCCAAGCUGUUUAAUGGCACAGUGAACUUAGUUUAUGUAAACUUUUGACCCACUGGAAUUGUUUUGCAGUGAAUUAUAAGUGAAAUAAUCUGUCUGUAAACAAUUGUUGGAAAAAUGACUUUGUGUCCAACACAAAGUAGAUGUCCUAACCGACUUGCCAAAACUAUAGUUUGUUAAGAAGAAAUUUGUGGAGUAGUUGAAAAAAUAUUUUUAAUGACUCCAACCGAAGUCAAUGUCCUAAACGUCCUACUUCAACUGUAUGUAGAGUGUGAAUGUGUGUGUUGGAGUGUCAGUGUAGUAUGUGUGACUAUGUGGGUAGAGUCCAGUGAGUGUGCAUAGAGCCAGUGAGUGUGCAUAGACCCAGUGAGUGUGCAUAGAGCCAGUGAGUGUGCAUAGAGCCAGUGAGUGUGCAUAGACCCAGUGAGUGUGCAUAGAGCCAGUGAGUGUGCAUAGAGCCAGUGAGUGUGCAUAGAGCCAGUGAGUGUGCAUAGAGCCAGUGAGUGUGCAUAGAGCCAGUGAGUGUGGAUAGAGCCAGUGAGUGUGCAUAGAGCCAGUGAGUGUGCAUAGAGCCAGUGAGUGUGCAUAGAGCCAGUGCAUUGCAAAAUCAACAAAGGAGGUCAAUACCAGUCUUCUGGCUUGGGGUUAGAAGCCGUUCUGGAGCCUUUUGGUCCCAGACUUGGCUCUCCUGUGCCGAUUGCUAUGUGGGAACAGAGUAUGACUUGUUGGUGAUGUACUGGACUGUACGCACUACCCUGUGUAUUGCCAUACCAAACGGUGAUGCAGCCAGUCAAGAUGCUCUCAGUGGUGCAGCUGUAUUCCUUGUUGAGGAUCAUGCCAGAUCUUUUCAGCUUCCUGAGGGGGAAGAGGCGUUGUCAUGCCCUCUUCACGACUGUGUUGGUGUGUUUGGACCAUGAUAGGUCCUUAGUGAUGUGGACACCGAGGAACUUAAAGCUCUUGACACGCUCCAACACAGCCCCGUCAUUGUGGAUGGGGGCGUGCUCGGCCCUCCAUUUCCUAUAGUCCACGGUCAGCUCCUUUGUCUUGCUGAAGUUGAGGGAGAGGUUGUUGUACUGGCACCACCCGGCCAGGUCUCUGACCUCCUCCCUAUAGGCUGUCUCGUCGUUGUCGGUGAUAAGGCCUACCACCGUUGUGUCGUCGGCAAACUUAAUGAUGGUGCUGGGGUAGUGGGUGAACAGGGUGUAAAGGAGGGAAAUAAGCACACACCCCUGUAGGGCCCCGUGUUGAGGAACAUCCUGGCGAAUGUGUUGUUGCCUACUCUCACCACCUGGGGACGGACUGUCAGGAAGUCCAGGUUCCUGUUGCAGAGGGAGGUGUUCAGUCCCAGGGUCCUUAGUUUAGUGAUAAGCUUGGAGGGCACUAUGGUGUUGAGCGGUAGUCAAUGCACAUAAUUAUGCUUUAAUAUUGCAGAUAAAUCUGCAUCAUAUCCAAUCGCCCAUAUAUAUAUAUAUAUAUAUGUAUAUGUUUUGUAAAUAUAUAAAAUAUAUAUUUAUUUCCUCCUAACCUUACCACGCCUCCCCUAUAUGGAGUAAACUAAUGGACAACAGCACUUAGGCUUCUACUUCCAGCUUAUACAUACUAUAUACAUUUUACGGACACAGUAUAUUUUACAAUUCUAUUUGCCAUAUAUUUUUCAACUGUGCUGUGAUGUUUCAAAAAAGUUCUGAACAUUUCUAUUCUCAUAGUUUCCACAGAUAGUAAAUAAAAGAUAAAUAUUUUUGCUAAGAGUGUUAUUAUAUGAUUGAUCAAUUGACUAUGACUUUUUAAAUCACACAGCAGUGCUAAUUGCAGAGUUAGAUCCAUGUACAUUUUUCAAUUCUUCAGCCAUUCCUGUAACCAAAAACAAGCUACUUAUGGACAAUACCAAAACAAAUUAUCUAAUGAUUCUGUCUCUUUGCAGCAGAAUAUGCAGAGGUGGGAUGGUUGAAUCCCUCAUAUAUAUAAAUAUAUAUAAAACAUCCUAUUGGUUGCAAGAAUUUUGUAUAGUAAUUUAAAUUAUGUAUCAGUUCAUAAACCAUGUGCCAUGGAAUCGGUACUUCGAAAAUAUUUUCCCAAAUAUUUAGCAAUCUAUAUGGCACAACUGUACAUUGUUUGGUCCUUAAAUGAAGCUGGUAUACUUUGUUAUUUAUCACAAUUUUAUUUAACCAAUUUUGGUCUUCAAUGCAUGGCAGACAGACAAGUUCCUUACUUUCUCCCCCUUCCACUUGCCUCUUCCAUUUUUCCAUUAUCAUCUUUGUUUUUGUUUUGUAUUGAUUAUUAUAUUUGAGUUCAACCAUAAUAUUUGUUGUAAUAUUUAUUGUAAUAUUUAUUCUCUUUUCUGGUGGAUUAAACUGAAAUUGCAACCAA